AUGGUUGUCACGCGCAGAAAGCCUGUCGUACCCGCUCCGGGGCCAGCUUCACGGACCAGUUCUACACAAGCUGUCCCCCAAACCUCGAAACCGAAGGGAACGCAGUCUGUUCUGGCCAACUCUAGUACGCCUGAGCACACUAACAGUUCUGAGAAGCAAGCCAAGAAAGCAAAGUCACCAGCGCACAAAGGGAAGAGAAAGAAGAAAAAAGACCGUUCACUCUUGAUAUAUCUUCGCAAUAUUCUCCUCACUUUGACGACAAUAUACGCGAUCCUCGCAUGUCCUGACUCCCCGUUAUAUACCUCGGAUACGUCGCCCUUUCACAUUCCUUCACAUCCUUCUACCACGCAGCGCAACCUUCCGAUAACACCGUUCCCUGCUACUAUAUUCCCUCCACCUCAUCCAUUAAUCUGCAAGACUCUCCUCACGACACACAACAAGCUCGUUUUGCCUCUGCAAACAUAUGUUAUCGCACCGUUGUACUCUCAGGCUUCACAAGCCGUUUACCACGUCGCACACUCCCCUGCGUUUGCUCCAUAUACGGCGUCGGCUUCUUCCUUCUACGAGACAAAACUGGCCCCCGUGUAUAGUGACUAUUUAUCUCCAUUCUGGAGACAAUAUAUCGUCCCGCAAUAUCAUAGAUACGUCGCGCCAGUCCUGGCAGAUCGCGUCCUGCCCUUUAUCAAUAAUUCCGUCAUCCCUACUUGGAAACACCGCAUCGUGCCGACAUAUCAGAGGUACUAUGCCAGACUAGUUCUCCCGUACUGGAGGAAAUACGUCUCGCGACCUUUGACACCAUACGUCGCUCGUUUACAAAACGUCUACGAACGUCACCUUGCACCAAUAGUUUCUCGACUCGAAAGGGUGUCCUGGAAUAUCUACAAGGUCUUGGCGAAGGCUUGGAAGAGUGCAGAACCACACCUGGAACACGUCAUAAAAGGUCUGGGCCGUUGGUUCAGUGCAAUAUAUGCACGUCUCGAACCCCACCUACGUGUCUUCCUGAAGAAAGCCUCUUCACAAUCGACAGAGGCCUUGAAAUGGGUUUGGGCGCAAAGAAGAAUCUACGUUGACCCACAUGUCAGAAAAAUAUGGGUCAAGGUCAAGGAGCUGAGUGGUAGUGAUGUGAAGCUCGACACUCCCGCUGGUGGCCACAUCGUUAACGUCGAUCGCGAUUGGCCGUCCGCCCUCAAACCAGAUUCAAAGGCUGGGCCGGUGACUUCAGCUAUGCCAGUGGCGCAGGAGUCAUUACAUGCGCCUCUUGUUCAUACCGAUUCUACCUACUCUACAGAAGAGGACCCCGCACCGACGUCAGCUUCGUCCAUUGAACCAACCGGCGAACCUUCGGUAUUUCCUUCGACCGACAACGGUGGGAUGACGAUAUCGAACACGGACAUCCCAAAGUCCAUACCCGAAAGCGAGGCUUCAAUUCAAGCAGAGUAUGAGGCAGUGAUCCCGGAACUCUCAAACGCAGCUGCCAUCAAAGCUGCGAGCGUCAUCGAAGAGUCUCUGUUUGCCUACUCAUCAUCUCCCGUCCCACAGGAACUCGCCGUUGAAGCUGGCUUGACCCCCUCUCCCAGCUCUGCCUCGAACGUUGACUCAAGCCCUUCUUCCGUCCCUCAAGAGCUCUCCCUUGACCCUGAUGGUUUCAUGGACCUCGAUGAAUUCCUCGCAAAUCUUGGCCUGGACCAGGAUCUCCCUGUGGACUCGCCCACGAGUGCUGAACCCGCUUCCUCGACAAAUAUGGUAGAGUCCACAGCUUCUGCUUUUGCUGUGUCUCAACCCGCCCCGAAGAAGACAAAUCCGGCUGAUAUGGAUGAGGAAGAACGGCGCGAAUACAUGGCCGCCAAGCGUCUGGAUAUUACCUCCCGCCAUUCACGCUGGGAAUCCGAAGUUGAAUCCCUGAUAGAGGCCAAAACAACUGAGGUAACUCAGAAGGUAUUGAAGUUGAGGGAAGAUGGCGUGCACCAGGUUCUAGAGAAAGAUAGCUCUGUGCAAAUCCGUGCAGAAGAUAUGGUGAAGGAGGGAGAGAGGCUACUGAAAGGCAUUGGUAGCUGGGUCGCGGCGCACAAGGAUGCACCGUACGCUAAGAAAUCCGAAGUUAAUGCAGAUCUGCAGAAGGAGAAGGACAGAGACAUGGAUCUGUUUGAUAAACUGGUAGGAAAGGUGCAGGAGAAGUUCCGAGACAAGGUGGGCGAGAUCGAGGAUGAGGUCAGAGUCUGGUAUAUGGGUGUUAGAGAUGCAGAGAUACAGGAGGUCAUUCGUGUGGAAGGUGAGGUCCAGGAACUAGCGGAGCGAGCGCAAUCCGAUAUCGGCCUUGAUUAUGCGUGGUUGGACGAUGUUACAUAUCGAGAUUGGCAGCGAUACCAUGACUUAGUACGAAUCCUUGUGCUUGAGAAACUAUACUAA